AAAAAGCCCGUCUGGACAUUUCACCCCGAGCCCCCCACCCCAAGGAGAUGCUCAGGCGAUGCGUUCCGGACCAGCCGUGUGGAUCUGGACCGCUCGGGCUGGCACCCCACGCGUUGUCGGUAUUUUGUACUUAACUCGAGCUGUAGGGCAGCUACAGAGGUCAUUCUCACAGAAAUCGAUUGCGAAUCAUCAGGCGCGUUCGUCUGUUCUAUCUAGAGGUCUGAACACGGUCUGCUGCCCGAGCUAGGUUCGCGCAACUAUUCGUGUUGUUGAUGCGGCUCGAGCGGGGUGCGCCUCAGGCACAGUACGCGCCCGCCCCGGCGCCCGUGGUGUACGCCGCGGAGCCGCAGUACGCGCAGCCCACCAGCAGCCUGGCAGGCUACACCCAGCCGGCGGUAACGAUCGAGCAGCAUCCCAUCACCUACGCGACGUCGCCCGGCUCCCUGGAGCCGAUGACCACGUACGCGGGCCCCCCAGUGACCACCAUGUCCGCGCCCGUCACUUACGCGUCGGCGCCCGCGGCCAUGGAGCCGAUGACCACUUACGGGGCGCCGGUCACCUACGCGGCCGAGCCCGGCCCGAUCACCUACGCGGCCCCGCCGGCACCUGCGCCCGCGCAGUACUACCAGCCGGCGCCCGCAGUGACAUAUGCGGCGCCCCCGACGACGUACGCGGUGCCGACGGCAGCGGUUCCCCAGUACGCGGCGGCGCCGCCGCACACCAUAUACGGCUGAUGCGAGCCCCGGCCAGUCACCUCCGAGGCCAGGCCGGGCCAUGCUGGGCUGGGCAGCGAGG